UUCUCUAAGGACAAUGUCGUCAAAACAGGUCUGUUCAAGUGACAUCGAAACCAACCAACAACGACAAGACUUCCACGUGCCUCAAGAGUUCCAAGAUCAUUUGGAAGAUCUGGUGUAUGAAAUACUCAAAGAAAAACCAAGUGAUCUACUUGACUACGCGUUUCAUUUCUUUUCAAAAAGGCUUAAGACUCGUGAAGAGUCAAAGAUUGCAGAAUCUGGAACUGAUGAGAUGAAAACAACAACGACGUCAACUUCGAAAUUGAUCCCAAAACAAAAACGUUUUUCAGAAGAUAAAAGUCAAGAUUAUCGAGAAGUAGCUAUAGAAACCCAAUCAAAAGCACAAGCGAGAAAAAUAACAGAAACACAAGCUGCAACAAUUAUUCAAGCUUAUUUUCGUGGUUAUAAUGUUCGACAGAAUCGGUGGAGGAGACGUUACUUGAAAAUAUCAUUAAACUAUAAUGAUCACUUGAGUGUGAGACGUGAUUUAAUUUCACCAAGAGGAAGUUUCUCGCUUUGUUGGCCUGAGGCUGAAAAUAUAUUAGCAAUAGCUGCUAACUAUGAUAGCGAGGAGAGCGUUGAUCUCGAUAGUUAAAUAUAGAUUAUCGUAAAUAUAUAAACAUAUUCUAAAUACUUUAAAUAAAUGUUUGUAUAAAGAAUGGAAAAAGAGAAAUUGGCUUACCCUGGUAUGAGGAUGAUGAAAAAUGAUGAUGCAUGGAUGAGUGGAUGAUGAAAGAGCUUUGAAGAGGGAAUUGGGAACGAACGGUCAUUCGUAAAAAGAAAAGUGUUUGUAAACAACGCAAAGAAUGUAGACAAGAAAAUAAACGACGCAGGUUGAAAAUAUAAUACUAAUAUUAAGAAUAUAAUUUCAUGUAGUACUUCAAGUUCUGUGUUCAUCCUUCGUUUCUGAGUACAUAAUUAUUCAUUCCAGUGGUUUAAUAUGGUUUGUCCUUUAAUAUAAACAGUACUAAGUGUAUAACAUUCAAGAUACAUAUAAACAUCACAGCACAUUUAUCUUGUGGGAGAAAUAAUAUUUGCGUUGUUCUUGUGUAUGAAGUCACAACAAAAUCUGAAAGAUGGAAGCCUUCCAGUUUUUGUUUUUCCAGAAUCACUCACAUUUAUUGCUGAUGACCAAACUACAUUUAAGCAAAUAUUGACUGUUUACAAUCCCUACAAAUUUUCUGUUCAAUUCAAAGUGUUUGGAACUGCACCACGUUGUUACAAAGUAACAGAAGCUGAAGGAAUAAUAAAACCUCGAUGCUAUGUAGAUGUUGUAAUACGCUGUGUUGAAAUAUCUAAUUUGACUGAAAGAACAGACAAAUUUCGUCUUUGCUUGUUUGAGUAUGGAGUGCGGAAACAUAUUGGAGAAAAAGAGAUAACUGCUUUAGUGCUAAAAACCAGAUCAAACGCUGAGAAACAAUCUAAAAGUAAAAUAACAGAGAAAUCGUUUAGAAGGCAACAUCUUAAAGUUCUUACAGAAGAUGUAAAAAGUGGUCCUGGGGUAAUGGUGAUAAGUCUUUGUUGUGUAUGUCUUAUUGCCCUCAUGUUACCAACUGUUGGUGAGACCACAUCCAUACCACCAUAUUUACAUUUGACAGUUAAUCAAAAACUGAUUGCUGCCUAUAUUUUAGGAUUAGCAACAAUGGCAAUUCUUAAAACAAGCUAAAAGGGUGUAUAUAAAUGAGGUCCAAAUGUCUAGAAAAUUAUGAUAUAGAUCAUUGUAGAUAGUAAAUUUAUGGGUAUUUUAAGUUUUUUUUAACAAAUUUUUACCACUGAAGUUGUGUUCAUAGUUCAGUGAAAUACUUAUACCAGGAGACUCCAAACUAAACCCUGUUAAUCUAGAUAGAUAUUUAAUGUGUA